CCUAGUUUAAAAUCAACAGAGAAUCGAGAGUGAGAACUGAGAAGCAGAAGGAGAAUGCGAAAGCUUAUGAGAGAAACGAGGGUUAGAAGCAGAAGAUGAAGUCGAUCGUGAAGAUUCAAGGCAUCGAGAGGGAAAGGCAGAAAGCAACAUACCAUUAGUCAAUUCUUGAAUCCUUCAUUGACGAUUCGGCCGUUCCUAUUCUUCACUGCAGAUGCGUUCAACUAGUGAUACAAGUGGGAGACCUAGCAAGAAGCACAAGUCAUCAGCCAAGGAGGACUAUAAAGCUGCAGCUUUUGAAGAGGAGGAUGCAUAUUAUGUUGAAGAAUUUGGUGAUGGAGAAGGAAAUAAGAGAGAUUUUACCAAAUUGGAACUUAAAGCAGAUCAUGUGAAUCGGCCAUUAUGGGCUUGUGCAGAUGGCCGGAUCUUUCUAGAAACCUUCUCUCCAUUGUAUAAACAAGCUUAUGAUUUUCUAAUUGCAAUUGCAGAACCUGUCUGCAGGCCAGAGUCGAUGCAUGAGUACAACCUGACUCCACACUCACUUUAUGCAGCUGUGUCAGUGGGUCUAGAAACUGAAACCAUAAUAGCUGUUUUGAACAAGCUUUCAAAGACCAAACUCCCUAAAGAGAUGAUCGAUUUCAUUCAUGCUUCAACAUCCAAUUAUGGAAAAGUAAAGCUUGUACUGAAAAAGAAUCGUUACCUAGUUGAAUCUCCUUUCCCAGAGGUAUUGAAGAGAUUAUUAAGUGAUGAAGUCAUAUCUCGAGCGCGGAUUUCAAACGAGGGUGACGAUGGGUUUGCUGUUAGUAGAUCAGUAGGUGAAGUUGAAGGUAGACAUGAGGAACUGCUAACAGAAGCACAGUUGGCAGCUGCAUCUGAAGAAAAAGAAGCUCAUUCAUUUGAAAUUGACCCCGCUCAGGUUGAAAAUGUAAAGCAGAGGUGUUUGCCAAAUGCUUUAAACUAUCCCAUGUUGGAGGAGUAUGAUUUUCGCAAUGAUACUAUAAAUCCGGAUGUUGAGAUGGAAUUAAAGCCUCAAGCACAACCACGACCUUAUCAAGAGAAGAGUCUUAGUAAGAUGUUUGGAAAUGGAAGAGCAAGGUCUGGGAUCAUUGUGUUACCUUGUGGUGCUGGAAAGUCUUUAGUGGGGGUUUCUGCAGCCUGCAGGAUUAAAAAGAGCUGUCUCUGUUUAGCAACAAAUGCUGUUUCUGUUGACCAAUGGGCUUUGCAAUUCAAGUUAUGGUCAAACAUUGGUGAUGAACAUAUAUGUCGCUUUACAUCUGAUAGUAAAGAAAGGUUUUGUGGAAAUGCUGGAGUUGUUGUCACCACAUACAACAUGCUUGCUUUUGGUGGUAAAAGAUCCCAAGACUCUGAAAAAAUCAUUGAAGAAAUAAGAAGUAGAGAAUGGGGUUUGCUACUCAUGGACGAGGUGCAUGUGGUACCUGCGCAUAUGUUUCGUAAAGUUAUUAGCAUCACUAAAUCUCACUGCAAGCUUGGGCUUACUGCUACACUUGUUAGAGAGGAUGAAAGGAUUACGGAUUUGAAUUUUCUUAUUGGUCCGAAAUUAUACGAGGCAAAUUGGUUGGAUUUGGUUAAAGGAGGAUUCAUUGCAAAUGAAAAUUCCAAGAAGAAACAGGCAUUAUAUGUGAUGAACCCUAACAAGUUUAGGGCUUGUGAGUUUCUUAUUUGGUUCCAUGCGGAACAACGUGAUGAUAAGGUUAUCGUUUUUGCUGACAAUCUUUUUGCACUCACCGAGUAUGCAACCAAGCUUGGUAAACCAAUGAUUUAUGGUGCCACAAGCCAUAUUGAAAGGACAAAGAUACUGGAUAAAUUCAAAACCGGCAAGAAAGUCAACACUGUAUUCCUGUCAAAGGUGGGAGAUAAUUCAAUAGAUAUUCCGGAAGCAAAUGUAAUUAUUCAAAUUUCAUCACAUGCUGGUUCCAGACGUCAAGAAGCCCAACGUAUGGCCGGUCGUGUGCAGGAUAGAAUGGCAGGUGGAAAAGAGGAAUAUAAUGCCUUCUUCUACUCCCUAGUAUCUACAGAUACACAGGAAAUGUACUACUCAACUAAGAGGCAGCAAUUUUUGAUCGAUCAAGGUUAUAGUUUUAAGGUGAUAACAAGUCUGCCUCCACCAGACAGUAGGGCAGAGUUGAGCUAUGAUUGUCUCAAGGACCAAGUUUCUCUUCUUAACAAGGUGUUAAGUGCUGGGGAUGAUAGUUAAGCUUGGAAAUAGUUGAAGAUGAUACAGAUCAUGACAUUGCACGACAAAAGCGUAUGAUGGGGUCCAUGAGUGCCAUGUCAGGAGCUAAACGAAAUAUCUAUCAUGAGUUCAGAAGUGGUGUGUUUGGUUGGUUUGCAGGAGUGGACAAAAGGGAGGUUUUGCAAAGAGCAAGCCUAAGGAUCCGGCAAAGAGACAUCAACUAUUUAAGAAACGUUUUGUAUGAACAGAUCAUCACUUGUUUUGUUGUUUUGAAUGCAAAAUGGCCUACAAACCAACAUGUUGAAAUAAAUUAGAAAUAUAAGAAACUUUACAACACUUAUAUUGGUUUUCUUGUGUUGUUUUGUUGGCAUGGUUCAGUGCCAUUUGAUCAGAGUACACUGUACGUAUUGUAUUUGAUACAAGUGUGCGGUUUUCUGUGCCUGUGCCUGUCAAGUCAAUCAAAGGUUUUGUAUUGUAUAUAUGGACUUGGUUUCAACU